AUGGGAUUGCUUUGCGGACAAACACAAAAAGUUCGUGGUGGCGUGUUUUCAGCGGGAAAGCGUGUCAGCCAGUGCAUAGGCCUAGGCCUAAAAAUUGAUCCGAAAGUCGAUGGUGGAAAAUGGCACAGAAUUAAAGCAGAAAAACAAAGUAAAACCAUUAAUUUAUCAUCUUCAUCGCGUGAUGUUGACAAGCUAGCUAAUUUUCCAGAUACUGGUUGGAAAACAUUCCCUUCAAUGAACAUACCAGCAAUGCUUAACUAUGGACACAUUUACCAUUAUCUGGUCGAAUCUGUUGCACAGCUGUGCGCUAAUGAUGAAGAAGAGAGAGAGAUGAAUAUCGAAGAUUCAGUGACAGAGAAACCGUUAAGGAAAGGAAGAAGUCUUGUCACAAGUGGUUUUGUGGAGAAUGUUCAAGACACUACAAAUGAAAGUACAUAUUUUGUUAGAGCACACGUUCACCAUUCUAUGAAAGCUGACUUGCCUUUGAAAACAUCUGUAUCAUUAAGCAAACUCAGUGGUUUUGUGAAGUAUUGUUCUUGCAGUUGUAAAGCAAAUGAACUUGGUAGAUGUUGCCAUGUGUCUGCCCUAUUGCUGUUUAUCAGCGAUUAUCUGGGAAAGCAUGGAUAUGAUGCAGUUGCACCAUCCACUUCAAAAGAUUGCCAGUGGAACAAAGGUAAAAAGAGGGCACGGAAUCCAAAGCCUUUACCACAGACAAAGUAUACAUCAACAUCCACAAAGAGAAGUAAGAAUCAAGGAAUGUAUCAAUUCGACCCACGGCCUGCAAAAUACCAUCAGCGUGUUAAUUUUGAUGGUGUAAAUAAUUUUGUUUCAAAUCUAUCCUCUUAUAACCAUUGAAAGGGUCAAACGUCCAUGUGGGAAACUGUCUUCCACUAUUCAUAUUCAGAUUUUAUGUUAGAGAAAGACGACAUUGCAGUGUAUACUACAUUAAUUGAUCAAUUCGAAAAUAA